UGCAAGUUCGGUUUUGGGUUCGGGCAAGUUAGUCACAAAAUAAUUUCCUCCUCAUCUUACCUCAACCAAACAGAAAGACGAUUGUUUGAUGAGUAGCCAAAGGAGGUGAAAAGUAUCAAAUGAAUCAUGGCUACUGCCACUACUAUAUCACCUCUAUUUCCUCUCUCAACACCAAUUCAUAACAACAAAAACAAUUUCUUUUCCACCUUCAAAUCAAACCUCAUAAAUUAUCAUAAUUUCCCUACUUCUUCCAGCAACAAAUCUUCAUACCAACCACACAUUUCACUUGUCACCUUAUCCAAACACAAAACCUUCCAUUUUCAAAACCCAAUUACUAAAAAACCCAGAAAUUUGAUAGUUUCAUCUGCUACUUCUUCUGAAGAUGCUGCUGUUAUUCCAACUGAAACUACACAACAAAUAGUGUCUGCAACUUCUGGAGAUGAAACUGUUUCCACUGUCAUUUCAACUCUUUUGUUCAUUGCUUUUAUUGCCCUCUCUAUCCUCACUAUUGGGGUUAUAUACAUUGCAGUGACAGAUUUCUUGCUGAAGAGAGAGAAAGAUAAGUUUGAGAAAGAAGAAGAAGCCAAAAAAAAGAAGGGUGGGAAGAAGACUAAAGUGAGAGCUAGAACAGGUCCUAGAGGUUUUGGUCAGAAGGUUGAGGAAGAAGAAGAUGAUUAGAAUCAAUUUUUGGGAAAUUUUUGAGUCUUGUUGAUUUCUGGUCAAUUGUACACUAAACAUUUAGUGAUUAGCGGGAUAAUUUUAUUUGGGCAUUAUUAAUCUCCCAAAAUGAUUCAAACAAUUAUAAUCACUCACAAUCA